UCUCUUCCCAUCGCCCUCCUCAUUCAAUCCGUUUUGAGACUCUCUAAAUACCUCGCGAGAAAGAAACCAUGAAUUGAAGUCUUUAGAACAAGUUUUUCACACUUUCUGUAUAUUAUGGCUGCAAAAACAAUGCCAUCGAUACAACCUGCGAUAAAUGUCCGUGUUUUUAAAAAUGGAGAUGAACAUUUUACGGGUAAACGGUUCGUUAUUAGUAAUAGAACAACGAGGGACUUUGACUCUUUUCUGAAUGAAGUAACAUGGGGCUUGAAAGCUAGUUUCGGUGCUGUUAGAAAACUUCACACGCCCGUACAUGGACAUAAAAUUCAAGAUUUAUCUGCAUUAGAAAACAAUAAUGUGUACGUCGCAGCAGGUACAGAAAAAUUUAAGAAGAAAUCGUAUAAUGAACCUUUGUCAAGUCCAAGAAGGUUAGGCACAGUAAAAGCUUCAACGUUUGCAGGGGCUAUACAUCCCGUUACUCAUAGUAGAAUACGCCGGUCAGCUAGAAUUCGCCAUGUUCCCGUGGGAACAAAAACUAUAUAUGUGUACAGAAAUGGCGAUGAUAAAGAGUUACCUCUUAGGAUGUUACUGAGGUACAGAGUGUUACAGAACUUUGAGACUGUCUUGACAGAGAUAAACAGCAGAGUUAACUUGUUAAACGGACUUGCAAUUAGAAGGCUAUACAAGAUGAACGGUGAGCGAGUUUCAGAAUGCUCUCAAAUCGAGACGGAAAGUAAAUACGUAGCAGCAGGUGGGGAACGGUUCAAAAAGGUUGCAUACGGCCAAUGGGAGCCUUCGGCUGUAUUAUCACCAAGACAUGUCAAGAAGAAACCCCUGCCACCUAUCAAAGCAAAGCCUCCUCCACAAAAGUCUUCCCCUCCUGCAAAAACCAAACCUUCACCCGUCAAAAAAGAAAAACCGGAAAAGAAAAAGAAGAAGCGUGUGGAAAAGUCACCAGAACAGAAAGAAGCUGAUAGCGUAUUCCACCACAAACCCACGACAGUUAAACGAAGCAGGGAAAAGGACCAGCAUCUCAAUUAUGAUGAUGAUCCUAAUGCAGUUUUCAAGGCUAAGGAAGAAAACUCGGAGACUGAAGGUGCAAGGGAAGUUGCAGACACGAAAGAGACAGCAGUUGAUCUUCCAAUUGAUCAAAUUGCAGCUGAAGAAGUUGACGAAGACAUAGGUGGAGAGGACCUGCCAACAAAUCAAGAAUCAAAGUCGCCAGAAAGGGAGAAGUCACCGGUACCGUUUGCCAAUGACUCGCCAAGACGUAAAUCUCCUCCCAAUAACCACCAGCAGUUGUCAUCGAAAUUGGAUGAUACGAUUCGUGAUGAUUAUCCUGAAGAGAACAGUCCAAAUCGUCACUCACCAAAAGAUGAGCCUACUUUAUUGACAGAGAAGGAUUACGGUAAUGAUGAAGCUCCAGCAGAUGAAAUCGAAGAAUUCAACACCAACAACAAUUCAGGAAACGCCCAACAGUCCACCGAUGGAGAAAGCCACAGAGAGAAAGACACCGCCCAAUCAAACAAGUUUGGCAGGGAGACCUUCAACGAAUCCAGAGCCUCCAACAUCUCCAGUCCAAACCAAGACGCUGCCAAGAAACAGUUCCACACUGACCCCACCACCCCUCAAAACCACUAUCCAGAAAACGCCGACCCCACCACCCCUGAAAACCACUCUCCAGAAAACGCCGACCCCACCACCCCUGAAAACCACUCUCCAGAAGACGCCGACCCCACCACCAAAGACAACCACACCAACCAAGACGACCAGCCCACUGAACGAACAGGAGACAACUCCCCUGCCAGACGGGACUCCAAAACUGACAGAGAGCAACCCUCUACUCAGGGAAUUGACCCAAACGCUUAGCACUUCACAAGAGAAUGAAAUCUAUGACUUUGAU